AACGCGCGCGGCAACUGCAACAGCAGCAGCAGACGACGACGACGACGACACACACACAGACACACCGACCGCGAUCGUCAACGGUCACACACGCGCUUUGGUGUCAGACACGAGUCAGCCGCUCCGCGUCGAUCUUUUCUACACACACGUAAUUAUAGUAAUAUUAUUAUUAAUAUUGUGCGCGAUAUCGUUUCGCUGUUAUUUUUCCGCGACGUCUUUCACGGAUGCGUCUUGUGCGUUAUCGCGAUUUUAACGAAAAGUACACAAUAAAUUCGUGAUUUUCAGUUAAUUUUUUUUGGGUGCGUUUUUUUUCGCGCGUUUUGCCGACGCGUUUCAUUCGGAUUUCAAAAUACAAUACAUUAGACAUCUUUCGCCGCGUACGAAAUAUGCAAAAGAUUUGAAAAAAAAAACAACCGUAAUAAUAAUACUGUGUAAUAUAUUAUUUGUAUACACGUACGUAUAUAAAAUAUAUAUACGGAACACGCGCGCGCACGACGACAAGUGCUCAUCGCCGACGGACGUUUACCGGUCGUUUGGGUUCGCGUGAAAAUCGUUUUGGGGGGCCGGUGAUGCGUGAUGGUCGGACCACGCGUGGUAACGGUGAUGUUUCGCAUGGCGGUUGCGUUGACGUUGGUAGCGACUGCGGUGGCGGCCGCAGAAGCGUUGGAGUCCGUGGAGUCCGGCGUCGCGGCCAUGGAGUUCACGAUUAACGGCAGCAACAACAACAUCGAAAACAGCAGCAGCAACAACAACAACGGCAGCGAGAGCAGCCACGACGACCGGCGGCCAACGACCGGGUUACUCGCGACCGUCGACCAACAACCACCGCAGCAACAGCCGCAGCCCAGGAGGUUCAGACACGAAGCGUCCGCUGUCAGAGUCUUGUACCAGACCGGGAGUUCUGAGGAAGAGUUGCCGGUGUGCGAAAAGUGGGCGGUGUGCAGCAAGGUGGACAUGUAUCAAUGGCCGUGGGUGGAGAGGCAGUGCAGGUGUCCACCGGGCGUGCCGCCGUGCUCGCAAAUGCUGUCGCCGGCUGACGGGCACACCAUCACCGACAAAACGAGGCAGUUCAAGCUAUGCGAACCCAUCAAGAUGUUACCCAAAUGUCGUUACUUUCGCGACAUGGCGUGGACACUCCGAAGCGAGGGUAACGGUACGCUGCAGACGGUUCACUGUCACUGUCCCAAAGGUUCGGUUGCCUACUUACUGAAGCGGCAAGCGUACCAGACCGAGUCCAAACAGAUCGGCUAUCAGUAUUCGUUCGCGUGCUCCCCACAAAGCAGGCUCCGAUGCCAGCGGAAAGAACCUUGUCGGCUAUUCACGGUGCGAAAGCGUCAGGAAAUGGUGGACGAGGUCAACACUAACACGUUGUGUCAGUGUCCGCCGGAACAUGCGUGCCCGUCUCAUCACACAGAUGCAGGAGUGAUACAGAGCAAGAACUAUUCGGAAGAGAACAUCCGAACUUACAGCGGAUAUUGUAUGCAACCGUCGACCAACUAAACCAUUCAUGUACCCUCGCUCAUGCCCUUCCGCCCGUUAACUAUCCAAAUACUUGGACAGUGACCGACAAAGGGUCGUUUUUUAAAUUAUUUUGAUUAAUUCGUCUAUAUUUUUUUCAUUACGACGAUAUUAUUAUUAUAUAUAUAUAUUAUAUAUAUUUUUAUUAUUCUUAAAAUUUUUUCCCGGCGGACAAAACGAAAUUAUACGGAAUAUCUCUUGGCGAUUUUAACUAAGUAUUCGAUUUCCGGGAGUUAUUUUUUUAUAUUUUUUCUUUGUUUUGUUGUAAUAAAUCAAAAAAGAAGAGCAUUUUUUUCCUACAGAAAUUACAAAUUAUUUAUAUUUUAUUCAACUAAAUUAUUUUUAUACCAAAAUCAUUAUGAUAAAUAUUAACAUUAAUAAUAUAUGUUUUAUCGUGUAAAUAUUUUACUACAUCGAUAAUGGUUUAUUAUUAUUCUUUUUUUUUUUAUACGAUGUUCUUGUUAUUUAAAUGUUUAGAAUGUUUUUCUUUUAGACUUUAUUAGGACUAUUAUUAUUAUUAUUAUUAUUAUUUUUUUUUUUUUAAUGAAAAACAUCAUUAUUUUUACCUUUAUUGUAAUCUUGUGUAAAUAAUUAUUAUUAUUUUAUAAUUUGAGUGAGUUGUACAAUACAUUUAUUUCUUGUGAAAUUUUAAAGACGUUGAUUUUCAAAAAAAAAAAAAAAACUAUUUAUAUUAAAACUUACAAGCACAUAUCAAGUUUAUACCUAAUGUUGAUAUACUUUUUAUAUGUAUAAAUAUUAAAUUCGUCAUAAAUAUUGUCCAUUUUUUUACAACAUCAGACAACAAAAUACAAAAUAUAUAACAUAAUAUUAUGUUGUGUAGUAUCAUUUAAA